AUGGCGCUGUCGCUGGGCGAAGGCGGCGGCAGCAGGCUGCGGCGGCAGCUGGAGUCGGGGGGCUUCGCGGCGGGGGAGUACGUGAAGCAGCUGUCGCAGCAGUCGGACGGAGACCGGGACCUGCAGGAGCACCGGCAGCGCAUCCAGGCGCUAAGUGAGGAGACGGCCCAGAGCCUGAAGCGAAACGUCUACCAGAACUACCGGCAGUUCAUCGAGACGGCGCGGGAGAUCAGCUACCUGGAGAGCGAGAUGUACCAGCUCAGCCACAUCCUCACCGAGCAGAAGGGCAUCAUGGAGGCUGUCACCCAGGCCCUACUCCUCCAGGCCGACCGCGACGACCCCGCCCUGGGCGCCCGCCGCGCUGCUGCCGCCGACCCCUUCCUGCCGCUGUCGGCCAAGGAGGCUGCGGCCAGCGAGGAGGGGCGGCAGCGCACGCUCACCACCCUCCUGGAAAAGGUGGAGGGCUGCCGUGACCUCCUGCCUGAGAGCCCCGGCAAGUACCUGGUCUACAACGGUGACCUGGUGGAGUACGAUGCUGACCACAUGGCACAGAUCCAGCGGGUGCACGCUUUCCUCAUGAACGACUGCCUGCUCGUGGCUACCGCCUUGCCCAACCGCCGUGGUGCCUACCGCUACGAUGCCCUCUACCCCCUCGACGGGCUGGCUGUGGUCAAUGUCAAGGACAACCCACCCAUGAAGGAUAUGUUCAAGCUGCUCAUGUUCCCUGAAAGCCGCAUCUUCCAGGCCGAGAAUGCCAAGAUCAAGAAGGAGUGGCUGGAGGUGCUGGAGGAGACUAAGCGCAACCGGGCCCUCAGCGAGAAGCGACGCCUGGAGCAGGAGGCCCUGCCCCGGCCUGCCCCAACGCCCCCUGAAUCCACCAACCCCUUCGAGGAGGACGAGGAGGACGAGGAGCCCCCUGCGGAGGAGGAGGAGGUGGUUGACCUCUCACUUGAGUGGAUCCAGGAGCUGCCAGAGGACUUGGAUGUCUGCAUCGCGCAGCGGGACUUUGAGGGGGCAGUGGACCUCUUGGACAAACUCAACGAGUACCUGGGGGACAAGCCCGUGAGCCAGCCUGUGAAGGAGCUGCGGGCCAAGGUGGAUGAGCGGGUCCGGCAGCUGACGGACGUGCUAGUGUUUGAGCUGUCUCCAGACCGCUCGCUGCGAGGAGGGCCGAGGGCCACCCGCCGAGCCGUGUCCCAGCUCAUUCGCUUGGGCCAGUCCACCAAGGCGUGCGAGCUCUUCCUGAAGAACCGCGCGGCUGCGGUGCAGACGGCCAUCCGACAGCUGCGCAUCGAGGGCGCCACGCUGCUCUACAUCCACAAGCUCUGCCACGUCUUCUUCACUAGCCUUCUAGAGACGGCAAGAGAAUUUGAGACAGACUUCGCUGGUAACAACGGCUGCUACUCGGCCUUUGUUGUCUGGGCCCGCUCUUCCAUGAGGAUGUUCGUAGAUGCCUUCAGUAAGCAAGUAUUUGAUAGUAAAGAGAGCUUGUCAACUGCGGCAGAGUGUGUCAAGGUAGCUAAAGAGCACUGCAAGCAGCUUAGCGAGAUUGGACUGGAUCUCACCUUCAUCAUUCAUGCCCUUCUGGUAAAGGAUAUCAAAGGUGCUUUACAGAGCUACAAGGAUAUCAUCAUUGAGGCCACCAAGCACCGCAACUCGGAGGAGAUGUGGAGAAGGAUGAACCUAAUGACUCCAGAGGCGCUGGGGAAACUCAGGGAGGAGAUGAGGAGCUGCGGGGUAGGCAAUUUUGACCAAUACACGGGUGAUGACUGCUGGGUCAACCUUAGCUAUACGGUAGUAGCUUUCACUAAGCAGACUAUGGCCUUCUUGGAGGAAGCGUUAAAGCUUUACUUUCCAGAGCUGCAUAUGGUUCUUUUGGAGAGUCUUGUGGAAAUCAUCCUGGUGGCUGUCCAGCAUGUUGAUUACAGUUUACGGUGUGAACAGGACCCUGAGAAGAAAGCCUUCAUUAGGCAGAAUGCAUCCUUCCUGUAUGAAACUGUCCUUCCUGUUGUGGAAAAAAGAUUUGAGGAAGGAGUUGGAAAGCCAGCCAAGCAGCUACAGGAUUUGAGAAAUGCUUCAAGAUUGAUGCGUGUGAAUCCAGAAAGUACCACCUCUGUGGUGUGAAGUGACCUAACUGUUCUUAUGAACAGAGUGUGAAAGCACUUACUGAAAAUGUUGUACAUUGAAUAUAUGAACUAAAUGGUUUUUUUGAGUCCCUGAAAAAUGCAGAAGUCCAACUGCUGCAU